AUGAGUACCAAAGGUGGAAGGAACUCCAGGGCGUCAAUCGAUCUGUUGGUGAUUGAGGAUAAGCCCGGGGAGGCUCCGCUGUCGCGCGGGCUAAGCAUUAAGCUCAGUCCGCCCGACGAAGCCGGCGACAACCAGACAUUGACCAGCAUGGAGUCGUUCAAGACAGUGAGUUCUGCUAGUUCUGGGACUUUCUCCAUUGAUAUUCCCGUGCCGGAUGCUUCGAAGAAGUUGAAUGAUUUGUGUGACACAAAUGAGCGUUAUAUGCACCAGCCUGUGCCUUUGAACCGGACAGAGAGUCGUUUGCCUAGUUUGGAGGACAUGCUUCAGGACGAGCAGUUGAAGGAGUCGGUGGUGAUGAAGGGUAGUAACCAUGCGACGUUGAAUGAAUUAGCAGACUGUAUAGGUGACAAAGCGAAUCGGUUUAACAAGUUGAAGGAUUUUAUGGCGAAGCAAGCUCGAGAUGAGGCUUUCGACUUGGGUAAACUUCCAAGGGAGCCACGGCGAACAUUCAUUGAGAUGGUGUGCUUAUUAGUAAGACAACAGCUCAUGAAGACAGUGGAGUUUUAUCGCACACUGGAAUCAAUGAAAGAGGAGGGAAGUAUAUCCUGUAUCGGCGAGGCUAUGUCGGAAGGACCCCAUGAGUAUACAAUUGAUCGCUGGGCGGUUAUAUCCGUCUGUCUUGGCAUCUUAAGGAACGCGAUAAAGCCAAAUGAUUCCGAAAAUUCUUCCGCAACAGAAAUACAAAAUUUCAUCUGGGAGGAACAGGUUGCGCAAACUAUUAUACGACGGCGAGAUCUAUUCGCUAUCUGUUACGAUAUGGCAGAGAAGCACAAGCAGCAGAGCAGUGAAUUAACACCGUAUGUAUUGGAAGUGGCAAACACGCUACCUAAGAACUUAUUUACGUUUCUUUCAAAUCUCAUGGUGGAUCGAGAUGACUUACGGGACAAAUUAUUGCAGCUUAUGUGGCCAACCGCUUAUUGGACUUUUGCCUACAUUUCAGGUGCCAAGUUCCUCGAUUCGUUCUGUUUGCUAUUACAGACACACACCGCGCUCUUAGUAUCCAAAACAUGCACUGUCAAUGAGGAUGACACCGAGCAUGUGAAAAAGCUCAAAACGGACUUCACAAACAUGACGUUGACGGAAAGCCAAGCUAAACGGGCUGGCUACUCCAAAAGUCUCUUGACAAGCUUUGCAGACUUGUACGGAUAUAUGUUGAUUCUCGUUAAUCAAAAACAUUCCAGAGCCGCCCGGCGUCAGCAAAAAAGCCGCCAUGCCACUAUAGCCGGACGCGCAAUCCAGGCGGAAGCCGUUAGCGAAGAAUGGUUCGCUUUGUUCCAGCUACGACUACUCAGUCUGGGAGAAGGGCGCUCCGUUAUAUUGCUUUGCAGGAAUUUGCUACACCACCCAUACAUCCCCAAACUGCCUAAGGACCUACAGGAACUGGGCUGGCUGGCGGAACACAACGUACCCACCACGGCUACAGGCCCUGGCUACCAGGUGGCCACGCUGCUCUAUGCUCUCAGUGAAUAUGCCACUAUCGAUGAUGACAUUCUGGCGAGGGCUAAGAGAGGCGAGAAAUUGAUCACGUCCAGAGACAACGCCAAUCAAGUCGUCAACAGGAAGUGGAACAUGGUCCGCAGGUCCUUUCUAAAACCUGUCGUGAUCGAAUACAUCACCGACUUGGUUAAGGAAGGCAUCAAGGGGGUGGCCAUCAGCACGCACUCCAGUAAAGAGCCGCACACGGAACUUUCGCAAGACGGUUUGGAGAGCCAUGUUGGGUCGGAGGGCCACGUCGGUUUGGAGAGCCAUGUCGGGUCGGAGAGCCAUGUUGGGUCGGAGAGCCAUGUUGGGUCGGAGAGCCACGUUGGGUCGGAGAGCCACGUUGGGUCGGAGAGCCAUGUCGGGUCGGAGAGCCAUGUCGGGUCGGAGAGCCAUGUCGGGCCGGAGAGCCAUGUCGGGUCGGAGAGCCAUGUUGGGUCGCACGCAGUCAGGAAUUUGAGUAAGGUGGUUCGACCGGGUAUGAAGGCAUUAACGAGCAUGAUACUAGCCCCGGAGUUGGUGAACCUGAAGAGCUCUCUUAAGCCGGGAAUGUUGGAGGACUUGUGGAAUUUCGGUUGGGACUUGUUGGAAGCUACGACGGGCGAUUUGAGAGAGUAUGCUGUCAAGAUUAACACUGCCGAGGCAUCAACCCUCCCCUUUGUCCACCGGUGCAAUCUCUACUCGCCCCGAGACAUCCUCAUCCUGAUCUCAGCCAUCGCGACGGUCGAUCCGCAGUUGAAGACGCAAGUCACCAAAAAGCAAAUCAGUACUGCUUUACAAUUCCAAAUUUUCCAAGACGUUGACAUCGGUUGCGACGAAGCUAGCAUUGUCGCCAUUAAGGUACUAGCGGAAGACUCCAGCACUGUCCAGGAUUAUAUUCGACAGGUGAAACAAGAAAGCGGCAGGUCAGAACUUACCGCGGAACAAAAUUAA